GGGGCGGGGUAGCUGAGUGGGAGGGAAUGGGCAAGUUUCUGUUAGCAGCAGAGCUAUCUCCGCCCCCUCUCCAUCUAGCAGCCUCCUCUUCUCUCCCCUUGCCUCUCCUCUCCAGCUGCUGCUAUUGCUGCCGCUACCCUCCUCCUCCUCCCCCUCUUCCUCUUCCUCCUCCUCUUCCUCCUCCUCUUCCUCCUCCUCCUCCGCUGCUCUCCCCUCGGCCGCUUUGUCUCUAGGGUGCCCUAGCUCCAUCCGUGUAGUGGCAGGGAGCUGUCCAGCAGCCCCGCUCCUGAAAACCUUCCCAGCCCUCCAUCCCCUCACCAUGCAAGAGCCAUGAGAACAGCGCUCCCCACCGCAGCCUUGCCAUGGAGGAUGAUGUGUUCCAGCUGAGACAGCUGCCAGUGGUCAAGUUCCGAAGAACAGGAGAGAGCUCCAGGUCUGAUGACGAUGCCAUCUCGGGAGAGCAUGAAAUCCAGAUUGAAGGGGUUCGUUCAGACUUAGAGGCUGUGCAAUUGGAAGAUGGAGCUGCAGUGCCCAAAGAGUUUGCCAAUCCCACUGAUGAUACUUUCAUGGUGGAAGAUGCGGUGGAAGCCAUUGGUUUUGGGAAGUUUCAAUGGAAGCUGUCUGUCCUCACUGGAUUGGCAUGGAUGGCAGAUGCAAUGGAAAUGAUGAUUCUCAGCAUUUUGGCGCCCCAACUGCACUGUGAAUGGAGACUCCCCAGCUGGCAGGUGGCCCUGCUCACCUCGGUGGUGUUUGUGGGAAUGAUGUCUAGCUCUACUCUUUGGGGAAACAUUUCUGACCAGUAUGGACGAAAAACAGGGUUGAAGAUUAGUGUGCUAUGGACGCUCUACUACGGAAUCCUCAGUGCUUUUGCCCCCGUGUAUAGCUGGAUCCUGGUCCUCAGGGGUCUUGUGGGCUUUGGGAUUGGAGGAGUUCCUCAGUCGGUAACAUUGUAUGCUGAGUUCCUCCCGAUGAAAGCCAGAGCCAAGUGCAUCUUACUGAUAGAGGUGUUCUGGGCCAUUGGGACAGUGUUUGAAGUCGUCCUGGCGGUGUUUGUGAUGCCCAGCCUGGGAUGGCGUUGGCUGCUCAUCCUUUCUGCAGUGCCGCUGCUCCUGUUUGCUAUCUUGUGCUUUUGGCUUCCUGAGAGUGCGAGGUAUGACGUACUAUCUGGGAACCAGGAAAAGGCCAUAGCUACCUUGAAGAGGAUCGCCACAGAGAAUGGAGCACCGAUGCCCCUAGGAAAAUUGAUCAUUUCUAGACAGGAAGACCGGGGCAAAAUUAGGGACCUUUUCACACCCCAAUUUAGAUGGACAACUUUAUUGCUGUGGUUUAUAUGGUUUUCCAAUGCAUUUUCAUACUAUGGAUUAGUUUUGCUAACUACAGAGUUCUUUCAAGAAGGAGAUGUCUGCAACAUGUCCAGCAGAAGGAAAGCUGUGAAGGCCAAGUGUAGCCUGGCUUGUGAGUACCUGACUGAGGAAGACUACAUGGACCUGCUCUUGACUACUUUAUCAGAGUUUCCAGGCAUCCUCGUGACUCUGUGGAUCAUCGAUCGCCUAGGUCGCAAGAAAACAAUGGCCCUGUCUUUUUUUGUCUUCUCCUUUUGUAGUCUCCUGUUGCUCAUCUGCGUUGGAAGAAGCGUUCUCACUGUACUUCUCUUCAUCUCAAGGGCUUUUAUUUCAGGAGGAUUUCAGGCUGCCUACGUUUACACUCCAGAGGUUUAUCCCACAGCUACCCGUGCCCUGGGAUUGGGUACCUGUAGUGGCAUGGCAAGAGUGGGUGCCCUCAUCACCCCAUUUAUUGCUCAGGUGAUGCUGGAAUCCUCAGUUUACUUGACGCUGGUGGUAUACAGUGGCUGCUGCCUCUUGGCUGCCCUGGCCUCCUGCUUUCUGCCGAUUGAGACCAAAGGCCGAGGUCUGCAGGAGUCCAGUCAUCGGGAGUGGGGUCAGGAGAUGGUAGGGAAAGGAUCCCACAACAUGGGUGUGACCAGGUCAAACUCUGGAUCCCAGGAGUGACGGCUUCUGCAGGGGCUGCACGUCGAGGAAGGCAGAGAGGGGGGAGGAGGUGGGGGCGAUUCCCAGCGAUGCCGAUCAGGCCGUCACUGCCAACGUCGCGGGUCAAAGCUCCAGACCUGUGGAUUUGGACCGAAAGGAAUUUGUGUCUUUACUCCCGUUCACUCAUAUUCAUCUAGCACCACCUCGGGGAUGGCAGGAGAGGCAUUUGUUCUGGGUGGGGGGUCGCUCUGUCUGUGUGAUAGUGCGGUGAGGUGUGUUAGUAGCCCGUUGCCAAGCUCCCAAGGUCCAGUGACGUCAUGAGCCGACCAGAUGCCGUUCAGAUCCAGGUGUUCAACAGGAGAGCCAAACGGUCCGUGUAGAUAACUCGGCUCCACGCCACGUUCACCGAGGAAGGGGACUCUGAGUGCGUCGGCCUCUGCCUUCGAUCAGUGGGUUGGGUCCGGGGGGCCCCAGCUCAGUGGCAAUUUUCCUGGGCAUUACAGAUGAUCCGGGCUUCCGGCGGAAGGGCAGUCAAAGCACUUGGGGACUAAGCGACCUCCUGACCCUUUGUUCGGGUCCAAGUAUUGCUUCUGAGAUUGGGGGGAAGUAGAAGAAGCCCACGUGGGGAGGGGGUCAUCGUUCCCUCCGUUCAAAGCUCUCCCGGCACCGCUCACUGCCCUAUCACACCACCAGGUGGUAUCACCAUUGCUGACCUUCGAGUCAGGACCCUGCCCCUUCCCCCCACUCCCAUACCCACAAUGCAUGGGGGCAGGUGUGUUCUUUUCCAUCAUACCCAGGCUUGUUCCCAGUAUUGACCUUUUCUAGCUCGAUUCCAUGGGGAGCAGGGAUUCUUGCUGUCAGACAGUCACCUCUGACAGAUGCUUCCAGCUGGGCUGGGACCUCAGGACAGAAAAGAGGGGGGGAAUGCACCUGGUCCCUGGAGAGAUCCAGGAGGAACAGGGCUGGUGACCUCCUACCCCCUAAGAAGGCAAUUUGGGGGCCCAGUAUCUUUCAUUGCUAGCUCUUCUAUGGGGAUGGAAGGUGGGAGAUGGAAACAGCCCACUGGAGUGACCUCUCUUGAUCAAGCACCAGCCAUGAUGGGAGAUUCCAAUUUUGAGCCUGAAGGGAUGUACAGAGAAACCAGAAAACGUGCCCAGUCAACCACACAUCUCAGUAUUAUUCCAAAGUUAGGGUUGGGGUGGCUGAGUUUUCAGGUCCUCAUCCCUCAGCUCCCGUUUCUUCGCUGCCAUCCUUUGCCAAUGCUCAUGACAUCGCCAUCCCAAGGGUGGUCUGGGGUGCCACUCAUGCCUCCUGGUGGGGGAGUGGUGGCCCUCUCUGGUGGACAGAACAUGGGGAGGGGAGGUCAGCAGGGAGAGCCUACCUUUUUGCAAAGGCCAAACCCGGCUUCUAUCUGGGCCCAAGAGAAGGUGAAUAACUAGGUUUCAUGUCAGCGCUAUACAUCUCCCUGCAGUACUUGGUUCAAAAUGUGAUGUUUCCCAUUGUGAAAGCAAGGGGACCGCGUCAGGAGGGAGAGCAUUCCCGGCUCCCAUCAAAGGCCAAAGAAGCUGCUGGCGUAUUUCUGCUUGGAGAGGUCUGUUUUCAGUAAACAUUGCAAGGGAACAAAGUCUGUAAGUUCAUUUAUUAUUAAAACAUGUUGGUGAUGGACCUGGGUGAGCUCUGCAUUUGUUAACUCCCAUAUCAUCCUCACAGUGGUCUGGGUUAAUCCUACUAUAUAGCACUCUACAGCUGGGAGUCUCUUGGAUGGAAAAUUAAUGAAAAAAUUUAAUAAGCAUUUAUUAUGCGCCAGGCGCUGUGCCAAGUUUUAGCUGGGAUACAAACAAACAAACACAAAAAGUGAAGCAGAAUCUCUACCCUCAAGGAGCACACAUUUUAACUGGGAGAGAUAACACACAUAUGGGUAAAUUCAGCUUCAAGGUGUAUAGGAAAGCCUGGAUUGUACUUAGAAUGUACCACAGUGUCUGUGUCACAGGGCAGGGAGCUUGGAGGGAACCUAUCAUCGCUGGGAAGACUGGGGGAAAUGGGGCUAAAGGCUGGAGUAGAAUGAGGAUUCUGGAUUGCCCCUGGCAAGGCUGAGAAUGAGGGCUCAAUGUCUGGCCAUUCUCCAAUCUAACAAUCCAAAAUGCAUUUAUUAAGUGCCUACUAUGUGCACAGUAACAAAGACUUAUAAAGGCAAACCAACCUCCUCCCCCAAAAAACAAUCUUUGCCCUUGAAGAUUUAUAUUCUAUGAUGGGGAAUAUAACACUCUCAUUACUUUAAUUUUUUCUUUCUUUUUUUUUUUUGAUGAGGCAAUUGGGGUUAAAUGACUUGCCCAGGGUCACACAGCUAGUAAGUGUCAAGUGUCUGAGCCGGAUUUGAACUCAGGUCCUCCUGAAUCCAGGGUCAGUGUUCUAUCCACCGCACUACCUAGCUGCCCCUACUUUCAUUUUUUAACACUUAUUCUCCACGAAGAGUUUCAAGUGAAUUAAAAGGCCACUGGGAUCAGUGACUUCUAACAAAAAGUAUUGAUCUCAUUGGUUUAAAAAUCACCUUUAUUUUAGAGUAUAUUAUUCUAUUGCUUCUCCCUCCCCUUCCCA